ACUAUGUGGAGUGUGGCUGGGACUAUCACCAGUAUGAACACCUACGAUCCUGCCCUCAUAGUUCCAGUGUACUUCCCAGCUGUAACACCGGGCAUCUGCAGACUUGUUAUCUCUCUUUUUAUCGUGUAUCCACUCUCCUACAUUCACCGCGAACUGGUACACGGGAAAGCUAAGAUUUACCAGCUGCUUUACUUUCUCGUCAGUGGCGUGGCUGUCAUCUAUUAUGUUCUUGGGAUGGGAAUUGUACAUUGUUUUAUUAAUGUACUGAUAGUAUGGGUCAUCAAGUUAGUAUUUGGUCCGUCCAAAACUUCAGUUAUCCUUACUGCUGCUCUUACUAUGAUUUACCUGGUAAUAGGGUACAUAACAACCACAUCAGCUGAGGUAUACGACGUAAUGUGGACUAUGCCUCACAGCAUUCAUACCAUGAAACUUAUCGGUCUAAUAUUCGACUACAAAGACGGAAACACUGAUCCAGAGGAAUUGACGGAGGAUCAGAAAAAGCACGCCAUAAAAGAUUUCGGACUGCUGGAAAUGCUAUCGUUUUGUUUUACUUAUACUGGAGGUCUGACAGGGCCACAAAUGUCAUUUACGAGGUUUAGGGCUUUCUGUGAAGGGAGGAUGAAGUUUGAAACGGAUGAGAAUGGUAGACCUAGUAGUGUAGAUGCUGCCUUCAGUAGGAUGUUUGCGGGUAGCAUAUUUCUGGCAGCAUAUCUCUUUGGGGGGAGUUUGUUCAGCAGAGAAGUUGUCGUUAGUCCUACUUUUCACGACCACAACUUGUUAUACAGACUGUUGUACAUAUCUUGUUACGGGCAGUUAGCGUUGAUAAAGUACAUCGGCUGUUGGACUGUUAUGGAAGGGGGCUGCAUGUUGUUGGGAAUAUCGUACGACGCCUCCCUCCCCGACAAGUGGGGCGCUCUACGGGGGGUUGAUAUUAGGGGGCUCUUUCUGGGGCACAGUAACAAGGGGUUCAUUGACAGCUUCAAUCUAACCACCAAAUACUGGUUCAUCAGGUACCUGUUUAAGAGGACAAGAGAGUGGGGCAAGUGGAGAAGUAUGCUGUACACUUACAUUUUUAUUAUCUUGUGGCAUGGUGUUUUACCUGGGUACUGGCUCACAUUCCUAUUUGAAAUACCUGUGAUUGAUGCAGAAAAGAAGCUAGCAAGAGUGAUACUCCACUACUUUGGAAGGUUUGAAAGUUGGAGUCCUGUAACCCAGACAGUUACCUUAACGGCUGCAAGGUUUGCAAGGUUUCUUACACUGGGGUACGGUAUUCAACCGUUCAUCCUGUUAACGUGGCAAGACACUUCCCAUGUGUAUAACGGAUUAUACUGGGGACUGCAUCUUAUUUUAGCUGUUUGGUUAACACUCUUUUCCUUUUACUUCGAGCAAAAGCUUCCUCCACCGCUCAGAUAUCAAAAAAAAGAGAAAGUAGAGGAGAAGGGUGAUGAUGACGUCACAAAGAAGCAAAAACAUGAUAAACUGAUAAACAGUGACGUUCCUACACUCGCGAAUAAAAUGAAAGCUAUGUAG